AAAUUUGUGGCUCAAAUGGUUAAAGGUAGUAUAUUUUUGGCCGGUACUGUAGAUACUUACAGAAGAUCGAAGCUCGUGAGAGUGUCGUGUCUACGCAGGGUCAACCCGAUUGGUCCGACAAAUUCGUCCUUUUUCGACGCAGAUCGAUAUUCAUUACUGAAUCUGAGUUUUACCAGACGAGUUGACUCGCCGGUGCCGCGUGGAUUUACUUGUUCGGUAAUAAAAGAUGAGACGAAGGUACAUUUAAGACAAAUUCGACGCAUUAUGUUAGCGGAAAGCAGAGAAGUAUCGCCGGAACGUGUAAGAGCAAUAAAAGGCGAGAGAUCACCUUCCGUUUCCCGAGCCACAUUUCUGUCUACCAUUGAAGAAAAGACCGAAAUCAAAAGAGAAAAUGAACGGAAAGACGAACAAGGGGCAGCAAAAAAUUAAUGAAAUUUACGAGGCGUGAUAUCCUUGGUGACGCUUAUACUCUCCUUAGGAAUCUUCACGUAUUUUC